AUGGCAAGCGUGAUUCAGAUCGGCGACGCUAUCAAGUUUGCGGAGAUUGCCUGGAAGCUAUAUGACUUUGGGUGGGCAAGUGAGAACAAUGCAGGUGAAACAUAUCGUGCGUUUGGAAAUGAAGUUUAUUCACUUUGUAAAGGUCUGGAUAGACUUGAUGGAGCGGUCGACAGGGCCCGGAAGUCACUUGUUGAAAAUGGCGCGCAGAGCAGCGAUUUGCGAGGUGCCGACCAAUACUCGCUGUCUCAGAUCAUCGGCGACUACCAAACAACGAUACGCGACUGCGAAAAGCUUCUCCAGAGCAACCGACAGUAUAACAAAGCCACAGGGCCCUUUAAAAAUAUUAAAUGGAACAUGAGUGUCAUGCCUCAGGUCGUGCAUCUGCGCGGCAGGAUUCGCAUGCAUAACCUUCGGAUUCAACAUGUCCUAAAGCCCUUUGAGAUAGAUUUGAUCAGCAGCGUCCACCAGAAUCUCGCCGGAAGGGUAAUGGGAGUCGACUCGGUCGUUCGCACAAUCAGGGAAGACCUGGAUAUCGUUAUUCCAUUGAUUGCACCCGAGGCGGCCCACGCAAUUCGACAAAUAUCGACCUCGCAACAGAGCUCUGUCGGCAUCCCAGACGCCGUAGAUAGCCGACUAGGGGCCACGUUUGCACGGGCGUGCGGUCCUAAUAUGGGGAGGAUAUCCCUACAGCAGCUGACAGACUGUUUCCUUGUACAUCUGGAGAACAGCAGUCUCAAAUUGCAGCUUGAACUGGGAAAUCACAACAGGACGCCACCGACAGCGCGAUACCUCGAAGUACUCAAAUGCCAGUUCCUGAUGCAGAAGAUCAAGAACUCACCUGAGCUAACCAACGCGCCGCACAUUUCGCACUGGCGCAGCUACAUCGACGCUUUGGAAGAGAAAUUGUCGGCCGAGUCAUCUCGAUUCGAUACCGAAUCGCCUCCUCCGGACAUUAGCAGCUGUGGUGACGACUUGUUUCGUUUUCGCUUACCAGAUGUUUCCACACCGCAACAUCCUCGAGUCGGCGGCCCUUCAUAUGACGUCCUACUUGACGUACCUCUCGAUACGGGUCCUAAUAGCGAUAAGUGGAAAGCGAUAAAGCUUCUCCGAAGAGUGUCAUCCGAAACCCAAUUUCGCAUCUCCGAGACGUGGGGAGACAUUGACAGCGCGCCAACAACGCCCCCAAAAAUAGUCGAUUUUAAUAUCAAAUCGGCACGGCUUGCGCCUCUCUAUGCAACCCCCGUGGAACAGGGCGAAGAAGCGCCGCCGCUCGAAUUCCUCCUGGAGGAAAAUGGAAAUUCCCAUUCUUACACAUUCACCACAAAAGCUGACAUUUUGCUGUUCCAAGCAGCCCUGACCGGGUUCAAAGUGAUGGGAAGCUACAUGGAAUCAAACGCGACGGUGAAUUUUGUCAGGCAAAGACAAGCUGUGGUGGCGGAAAUGGCCACAAUUCAACUCUGGCUACCGCACCAUAUACAUGGCCAUCCGGAAAGGGAGCGCGAGCGCCAGAGAUUUCUCAGCCUUGACUCGCAGGUAUUCCCCGGAUCCGACACUGAGAGCACGGGUCGCGCUGGCAGCAUCGGCUCCAUGUCUUCGGAUGCAGCAGCCUCCAGCGGCAGCUGGAGCAGCGUAAGCCAAGACGACACGAAAGCAGUCAGGCUAGACAGCGGGCCAUCGAUGACAAGCCAUGCCGUGAUUCGAUCGCCCCCGCGUAACCCGCUGCUGGUCCUGUUCACCUUGGACUGCGCAAACCCCGACGCUCCCAAGCCUGCCAUGGUCUGUAUCAAAAUUUCGGAUGCCACGCGGCCGAACCGCAAAAGCUGUGCCUGCCACAUGAGUCACUAUUGCCCGCUGGUCGUCAUUGAGCAGCAGCUCUUUGGCUCCCAAACGUUCAAGUGCCAACGGCUGGAGCACCGGUGGGAUCUACUGCUCCUCACCAGAGCGCGAGAGUGGAACGGGCUCAUUCGCGUUACUCUCAAGUUCCCGUAUGCAGAAGCGCGAAACACCUUCAGCGGUGGGCACUGCAACUGUCGGCGACGGACGGUCGGGGACGAAGACCAGUGCGUUUUGCAAGAUAGACACGAAGGCCUUUUAGGGGUGAUCCGGGUCUAUCACUGUCGCCAGAUGAGUAACUGGCAAAACCAGCAGGACCGAAAGAUGAGUAUGAACGCCCUUGGCGCAAUGGACCACCCAGCUCCCUGA